UAUUGCGUUGCGCGGUACGCUACAUCGCCUUUGGUUAUCGAGGGAUCGCGUCGUGCAUUGGGGCUGCGGAGCGCCCGGUAUUAUAGCGCCGCGGCCCUAGUGACCGAGUAAACUCAAUUUUGAUUGUAUUAAGCAUUAUUCUGUGAAAAGUAGGGUAACUUAAGAAAAUCAACAUAAUUUUUAUAUCUGAAUUAUAAUUCGUGAAGACGGGAUAUUAUCUGUACGUAUUUACUUACCUACGCGUUUCAUCUGUGCAUCAACCGAUGUCAUAAUUUUGGUUUUUCAGAUGUCAAAACAUAUUCAAAGUGAUGAAGACUUCUUGAUAUAAGUUCAAAUCAGCCAUUAGUUGUUAAUUUGGAAGAAGAAGACACUGUGAAUGUACUCCUUCAAUCGUGUGCACAUCGCUGCCUACGGUAUGAGGUGGCGGAGGCGGCAGUGCCGCGUCAACAUCAGUUACUUCAUCCUCCUGUUGAUCUUUGUACUAUCUGGAGUCCUAGUCCUCACUCAAUUGCUAUUCGAAAGAUCGAAAUUUCCACGACAUAGAUAUGAAGAACUACAGGCUUGGUAUGGCAGAACGGAAUUUGCAGGCGCUGACGGGGGAGAGAUAUUGGGUUCGGUGCAGUAUCCACAGGACGGAGUUUGGCAAAGGGUGGCUGGUACAAGAUUUAAAUUCUACGUAUAUUCCGCAUUUGUCGAGAGACGGACAGUUGCAGCCGUGCGGAUAAUCGCUGCGACUAAAACCCGCGGCCCGGACCCUGUCGUCUGCCGUUUGUGGCUGCCCGACAAUCGCACUGUCACACUCAAGGCGAGGGUCAAGGCAAUUCGGGAGAAUUGGAACUACAGAUAUAGCGCCACGUACAUUUUAUGCCUGCUCAGUGAUUCGGGAAUCAAACCCCAGGAAACAGCGGGCGCAUCGGUCGCCGUGUUGGCGUCCGCCUGGGCUGACAAACCCCAUAGCAAUUUACUCACAAUCGUGGAUACGACUCCUAUAAAUGAGAAUAAGCUGGAAUCACUACAGGUGUGCGUGAAGCCUUUACACUCGUCAUUCGCGCGCGCCGAUUGGCUCGUGGAGUGGUUCGAGUUCAACCGUUUGUUGGGCGCCAGUCACUUCUACAUGUACAACAAGUCCACUAGCGCCCCGGUGGGCUGCGUGCUCAACUACUACCGCCGCCUGGGGCUCGUCACGCUGCUGCCCUGGAAACUGCCCAUGCAGUCUCUGGUCGAAAUAAGAACGGAGGGUCAGUUCGCGGCUUUCAAUGACUGCCUGUACCGGUCGAUGCCGCACACGAAUUGGCUUCUGGUUAUCGAUGUCGAUGAACUAGUGCUGCCGCGACGGGAGCGAACGUUGCCCGCAUUGCUCGAAGACUCGCGAGCCAAACAACACAUGGCCAUGAAGAACCCCCCCUCGGGUUUUCUCUUUAGAAACGCUUUCUUUUAUCUCUUUUGGAAGUCUCUUUAUGUCAAGGAUUUAUGGAUAAGGAUUGGUCGGCCGGUGGCGCCGCGGUGGGUGUGUGUCGCAGGACGACGAGAGCUCGCGCGCGGCGCUGGUGACGGCGCGCAAGACGCGGCGGCGCGCGACGCCGCAGGCCGUGAAGCACCGCAGCAAGUACGCCGUGCGCCCGCGCGACGUGCUCGAGCUCGGCAACCACUUCGUGUGGGAGCACGCGCCCGGCGCGCUCUCCGUCGGCGUCGCGCCCGAGCGCGCGCUGCUGCACCACUACCGGGAUGCGUGCGAAGCGGACGACCUGUCGUGCUUAGGCAUGCCGUCCACCGUGGACCGCACGGCCCACCGCUGGACCGACGAGCUCACUCUCAGGGUCAAACAUGUCCAAGACGACAUCAAACUGAAUCCUUGCUGAAGGUAACCGACAAAUGUUCGCCUCAAAAAUGUUAAUACCCCCCCUUUUUGGGGAAAGUCGACAUGUUUUUAGAAAAUAUUUUUGAAUAUGCUAUUUGUAUCAGUAUCAUGCUAUUUUAUUGCUUAUUGACUCGGUUUAUUAUUGAUAUACCGUGUUUAAUAUUUAAGUACAUUAUAAUUACAGCGUACCAAAGCCUAUUGUGCCGAUAAAAAAUAUUAUAAAUUUAGAAAUUGGUUGUAUUGAUAACUACGUCUAAUCCUUUAUAUUCUCAUUUAUGCAAUGCAACUUGAUAAAUAUUUUUUGUAUUCUUUAUUUUUUUUACAAAGCAUAUAUUUUGAAAUAGUGAAUGUACUUACAUUUCAAAAUAAAUUAUAAUUUGCUUUCUUUUUCUCUUCUUUUUUUCCACUUCAUAACUUCAAUCUAUAUAAAACAGGACACUGACUGACUGAUUGGGAUAUCAACGCACAAAAGAAACCAAAUACGUAGAAAUUGGAAAAUUUGCAUUCAUUAUAUAGUUUGAGUACAAAUAUAUUUUUAUGAAACAUGAAAAUCAAGCGAAAAGCAAGGCGAAGCAGUACUCCAAAGAUGAUUAUGUAUAUUGACUGUGUAUAAUGCAAAAGCGGUAGGUUCAUUAGGCUUCAUAUAAAAUGUUUAAAAUAAUAAUGAGAUCUAAAAGUUCUGGAGUCUGGAAGAAAGGAAGUUUUCCCUUUCUUAUUAUUAAAUCAUAUUCCACGGAUAUUACAUGAUGUAAGAGUCGAGCGUGUACUUUUACAGGCUACUGAAACUGCUCUCAAUAAUAAUAACAAAAAUGCACUAAUAGAGCUACUAUAAUGUAUUGGACUCAUAAUGAAAUUAGAUAGGUUUUAACUACUAAGUGUAGAUAUUUACAUAGAUGUAGAAAGUAAUCGCGACAUAUAACUAAUCUAUAGUAUUGAAAUACUAAUAUUUUCUUUUUUCGUAAACAUCUUAUUUUAUCAAUAUUAUUAAAGCUCUAUUUGAAAAAUAUCAGUUGACUGUCAUCACGGAUUGAUAUUAAAUUAUGUUACAAAUUAUAUUAAUUCAUUGUGAUCUACUACUUCACUGAUGUCCCCGCCGUACUAAAUGUACCCAACAUUAGAACAUCAGCCGAAUAAUAAUAUUCCGCAAAACCGAAGGCUGGUUCAUAUUUCGUUCAAUGUGCAAAUGAUUGCCAAAAAAAGACAGGCAUAUUACUUUCCACCCGUAUUUAAUUUUAAGAGUUUCUUAAAAAUAAACUAUAUUAAAAUUGUGUGCAUCGAAGUGUGAACUUUAUAGCGUUCACCGUAUGACUAUAGUUGUUUAAUUUACUUUGACACCAAAUUAACUGCUCAUUGUUCUCUCGCUUGAUAUCACAGAUAUAAGGACAUGUUCUCAUAUUUGAGCGUUUUUUCAAUGUAAAUUAUAUGAAAAAGAAAAAAGAAAAAAAUAUUUAUUUGCUUUAGCAAAAAGGUACAGUGUGUUUCAUCAGUAUUUCUAUAUUUCUUAUGUUUCAAUAAUUAUAUCUACAGAGGACGACUCUUUUUAAUAAACACUCUUAACUAUUUAAUUUAUUUAUUCAUAAAUUUACUGACUAUGACAAAAAUAUGUUUUUGCCAAACUGUUGUAGUUUAACAGCAAAUAUUUAUUACAUUUUAUAUUCUACCCUGAAGGGUAAGUCUAUACUAAAUAAGUGGAAGAGGUCACGUAUAAAUCGGCUAUGACUUAAACUUUAAUGAUGUUAAUUUAUAUUCAGUUUUAUAUGGCUAAGUGUAAUUACUUUGUACAUUAUAUUAUAUUUACUAUAGUAAAUAAAUUUCAAUUAUAUAUUUUAUAAGAAAUUUUUCUAUAUUUGUCUCAUAAUUUUGAUUGAAAAGCACAAACUUAAGUAAAUAAAAUAAUAUUGUAUAACUGGUUUUACCAAUAAAAGCGCAGUCUCACUAUUGUAUGGCACAACGUGCGUCGACAUACGACGGAGUGCAAUGUUCUGCGUCGACACAACUGAGCAGUGAGGCCGCUCUGUUUCUUAUACUUGUACUUGCAAUUUAAAACAUAGUGUUAGCUGAGGAAGAUUGAAUUGAAGAUGGAAAAAAUUAAAACAAACACCAGUUUUAUGUUCAAUUACUUUGGUCAAAAGUAGAUUUUGGAAUCGUAUUUUCCAAUAUCGCAAGAGUUUAUCUGUGUAACAUACAUUGGUUCGGAUUCUUUUUGGAUGAUGAAUCGUAAUCGAAAUUUGAACAAGACAUUUUUUAUUUUCACAUAAUUCAGUAAUUGUCAAAAGGUAAUCAAUAAAUAAAUGUUCGCGAUAGCUUAUUUGGAUGUUGGAUGUAAUAAAAAUAAUUUAACUCGAACUUUUAUGGGCGAAAAUGGGUGUUUAUUGCAAUAUUUACACGUAUUUUAAUAAACGAAUGCCAUAUUUGAUAGUAUUUUAUAAAAGUACAAUAAAUAAUGUAUAAAUUAGUUGUAUUUGUGUACCAAUUGAUAUUUUUCAAAGCAAUUAUAUGCUCAAUAUUCUAUAACAUCAGUAUUAAAUGUUAUUUUGCAUAAGCGUAAUAAAAUUCGCCAGCUGAUAAGCAAUGUGUAGCAAAUCAAGUAGAAUAGUAAAACUUGAUCAGUAUUCAGUCCAUUAAAUUUACUAUCAUUUGAUAUUAACGUAUCAAAUUACCGGAAUUUUAAAAUUAUCAUUUUUUACUUAAAAUGUUAAGUCUGGGCCAACCCGCACACAAGGGUCACCAAUGAAAUUUUUGUUAAUUAGUAGCGAAAACAAAAAACAGGAGAUUAUGCUACACUAGGUGAAGGAUUUUAUUACAUACUAGUAUUACAUAUAGUGGCGCCAUCUUAAUGAUUCAUUGCGAAAUAAUACCAAUGUCAGUAGUACCACCGAUCUCGAGACACUACGUAAUCUUAAAUGGUUACACAUAUUAUAACGCAAGCAUUGAGGCUCUAUUACUAAAUCUAUUUAAGGUCUGCUUCACCAGUUCCUAUAAACUCGAAUCAGCAGAUAAAUUAUAUACUUAUCUAUCACACACAAUCAGUGACCUGCAAGUGUUGAAAUAGAUCCUUAUGUUGUAAAUAUGGUACAUAAUCUUACUGUAAAUAUGAAGAUAUUAAAAUGUUUACAUAUGUUCAUAUAACGUAGGAAGUUGUUUAGUUCGUAGUAGUAUUUUCCGUUUUACUCUCUCGUAUUGUGUGUAAAGAGUGGUCAACAUAGUAGAUCAAAAUGUUUGGGCUGAUUAGAAACGAAUGUUUGUGGGAAAAAUUAGUAUUAGAAAUACGAGCAUUAGAAAAUGCCCUAUCCCUUGGGCAGUUGCUGGAUAUUCCAUGCAUAGUAAAUCUAAAUAUUCAAUACUGUUGUGAAGCAGGGUAAACUCCCUUAUUCCACUAGUCCAGGAAAACCGUUGGAUAAUAGUAACCACUUUAAUUAAUGACAAUACAUACAGGUUGGGUUUCCAAAUUUUAUUACGUUUUUAUUGUUUUAAAGUGAAACCAAAUUAGCAGUUUGUUUUAAUUUCGUUCAUAAGAUGACCACUGCUGAUAGACAAAAGACAUGAUUAGCGGAUAUCCUAGGCUCAAGUCAGGAGUUAAUUUAGUAAUCUUUACCGUGCUGUGAAGAGUUGUUUUUCUAGAAAAUAUAUUAUAUAAUAUAUUUUCUUUUACUCUUUCGAAACGUAAUACUAACUUUCAUAUGUAAUAGAUUUAAUAUGCUAUACCCUUGCCUAUAACAACUAGCCUACGGCGCACUAAGUACGUAUAAAUAUCGAUAUUUGAAAUUAAAGAUGUUCUGAAUUAAGCAAAUUAAGAAAUAUUAUAACAUUUUAUUGUUAUGGUGGGGUUAAAACUAAAGGAGCAAUGAUCUGUUGUCAGAAGACUUUAAUAUGGAAGUGACUAUGUUUUAAACUAAUGGGCCACGCUGUCGUUUAUAAGUAAAUACAUCCUGACAUUGACUAAAUGCAAUUUAUUAAUUCACACAUCUCUUAAAGAUUAAUCCACCCGUAUAGUACUUACUGCACACAAGAAUCUAAGCGAAAUAAUAUCACUAUUUUAAGGAGUAUGUACGUAUGUUGCUUUAUGUAGGGAAUCAUGGCAGAGACAUAUCAAUUACACGCAAAAUGCAAGAUAAUGCUUUAUGAUAGAAUUAUUUUCGUCAUGAAACCGCAUAAUAAUUAGGUAUUAAACAAUAAAAAUGGAGACUAUUGUAUUACAAGUUUUAUUGUAUGUAUUCUUUUGUAUAUAAUUUUAUCUGCUUCUUAAACCUCUGUGACCCUAACCUCAAUAUUAAAUGAAAAAUGUAUUAAAGCUUAUUUAUGCUAAAAUUUAAAUCUAUAUUAACUCGAAAUAGCUGGCCUAUAAUAAUAUUUUUAGAAUCUGUUUCUUGCAAAUAGUUUUAGUAUUAAGAUAAUUUUUAAAUCAAAACAGAAUUCGUAACUAAACAGUGUUUACAUGAUUGUUUAGCGGCAAAUAAUCCUACGUGUCUGUAUUUUUAUCUGUGAUGUCUAUUUUAGUAUUUAUUUUAGAAUGGACGCUGGUAUUUGUAAAUUAUUCCAAAGAGGAUGCCAUUUGUUAGUCAAAUGUUGGAAACGUCUUUUUUAAAUAAAAGAAUAUUGAUAUACUUAA